UAUAGAGGGUUAGUCUAACGAAUGCAUGGUCCACGUCUUAUUGUAGAUUGUAUUGGAGUUAACACUAAAGUUACAAUAUCGUCAACUACUUAUUUGUUUAGAAUAUAUCGUUCGUAAGUAAUUUUUUAGAAAUGGCAGAUACAAGUUUAGACGAUUUCUUUGCAAAGAAGGAUAAGAGUAAAAAGAAAUCCAAAAGUAAAAUUAAGUAUACUACUACCGACACUAUUGCUAGGAAUUUGGAAGAUGGUGGGAAAAAAAUAGAAAAAGUGGUAAAGAAAGAAAAGGAAAAGAAUGUUUCCAGUGUAGUAGGUUUGUCUAGUACUAGUAGUAGUACUAGUACUACAAGUAGUAACAUUACCCAGCAAGUUGCAGAAGAUGUCACAGUUUCAGUUUUGGAAGAGAAUGAUGAAGAAUGGCAUGAAUUUGAAGAAAAAGAGAAGGAUUAUUCUGGUUUGAAAGUACAAGCUUUAUCCCUUGUCGAAAAAGAAAAAGAAGAAGAACAAAAUAAGGAAAACUCUUCUCAAGAAGGAGGAGAAACUGCAAGAAAUACCGAUAGUCAAUCAGGACCAUGGAAGAUGUCCACAUCAAACUCCCUAGAAUCUCCUCAGCUGCAAAUGGUAGAAGAACCAAAAACAAGUGGUGGUGCCUAUCGACCUCCUCAUAUGCGUAAUACUGCUGCUGCUGUCACUCCUUCAAAGCGUAACCCUAAAUCUGCUCCUGAUGUGGGCAGUGAGUUACACUUCCCUUCUCUUUCAGCAGCAGUUGAUGCUUCAAAAGCUGGCAUGAGUGAACAAAAAUGGGGUGAGAAACAGUUUCAGUCAGUUAAACAUGGCCUCAAAUCAAAGGAUGAUAUCCGAAGUUCUGCUCCUCAGCUGGAUUUGGAAAAUAAGUAUGCUGCACUCCAUCAAGAUCUAAACUGAACGUUAAAUUUUGUAGAUGUUGUUAAUCAUAUGGACCUGCAAAGUUAUGAAAUUGUAUACAGGAAAAAGUUUAAUCCCUUGGCCUCCCAAAGUCUGUGAUCUGUUUACAGAAGCAAAGAAAGAAAUUAAGAAUGUCAGAAAUUUCUUGAAAUUUGUUAAUUCAUUCUUUAGCACCUUCGUCCUGUAAUUUUGUAAUGUUUCUCUGAAUAAGAGACCUGGCACAGCUUAGUGUAUAAAAAAACUGUGUUGGCAGUAUCAUAAAUAAAUUUUGCUGUGCAAGUUAUGGGAUUGAUAAAUGAAGUUGUCUGCCUCAGAACAGUGUCAACAAUGGUUUUGUUAAUUUCUCAAAUUUAAAUGAAAUUACUGAAAGAUCAUGUCUUUGCUUGUUUUGUGCAGACAUGCUACAUAAUAAAUGAAGUACAUAGUUAUUGGUUUGCUGGUGAUUCUGGAAGUGUGACUAUUUUUCUUAUUAAUUUCAUGUUUUAUGUUAUUUUUAUGCUUAUCUAUAAAAAAAAUUCAGUCCAGAGCUUUUUUCAUUAUUAUUCUAUGUAAAUGAGAUUACAAAAUCAGUAUGAUUAUUUGUAGUAACAAACUUUGAUUCUAUUAUUCUAUACUAACUGUGUAUUUGAGAAAAAUUGUGUGAAAUAUUACUGGUUUGAUGUAUUGUUUCUAUUUGGAAAACUGAACUAUAGAAUUGCAGUCAAUGUUUACCUGCUUUAUAUUCUUCCUAACUUGGAGUUAAAUUAUAUUUUUAAAAAUAUUUGUUUCUCCAUGAAAUAGAUGUUCUUAGAGAGAAAUUUAGUGAUUUUACAAAUUUUAAAUUCUUAUGAAACUAAGAAUUAAUAUUUUUCAUAAAGAUGUACCUAAAGAAAUUUAAUACUUUCAAAUAAUCUUUAUCAUAAUCUAUUUUGUUUGAAAGCUGCUGUGCUUAUUUUAUUGAUUUGUUACAUUUCCUAUAACAUAAUAAUUUCAAAUUUUGCUGGCAAUAUACAUUGAAAUGCUUGAACAUAGUUAUGAAUUUCUGUUUAAAGAAUAGAUAUAGAUUUAUUGGAUGAGUUCUGUUCAUUCUUAGUUUCUAAAACAAGUUUAACAUUUUGGCAUAGUUGAAAUUGCAUUAAAGAAACUUUUUUGUUAAAACAUAGUUUUAAAAAUUCCUGAAGGAGCUAAACCAAAAAAAUGAGUGAUUAUUUAAAAAAAAAUUAAUAUUCUGGCAUUUCUGAAUUAAUAGAAUAGGGCUUAAGAUAUGCUUUAUUGGAGAAAAUGUUUCUAUGUGGUUUAUAAUAUUUGUUGAAAUUUGAAUUUGAGUGGACCUAAAAUUUCUGAUUUAAAUAUUUUGGAUUAUCAGUUUUUGUUAAAAACAAAAUUGAACAAUAUACAUGAUUGUUAAGAUGUUCACAAAAUUAUCGUAUUGAGAGAACAUCAGUAAUGUGAAACAGCUUUUUAUAGGUUUAUGUUAUUUCUUUUCUAAGAUUUCAAGUUUAGUUUAAAACUAUGGGGGAGGGGGACUUAACCAUCUUACAAGAAAUCAAGAAAUACUCAAAUUAUUUAGCUAAAUAGAAUAGGAUAUAAUGGCGAACAAUUUUAAUAAGUUUAAAUACAGUAUUUGUUUCUUAGAAGGUUAUUAAAA